CAUGCUGUCUUUCUUCUUUAGGAACAGAAGUGAGACACCGGAGCCGCUAAAGGCAGACGUUUCAGGAUCCAUCCCAACAUGGCUUCAGGGGACACUUCUGCGCAAUGGUCCUGGUCUGUUCUCAGUUGGCGACACUUCAUACAGGCAUUGGUUUGAUGGGAUGGCUCUCAUUCACAGUUUCACCUUCAAAGAUGGUGGCGUAUUUUACAAGAGUAAAUUCUUGAAGAGUGAAACGUUCAAAAAGAACACAGCUGCUAAGAGGAUCGUUGUAACUGAAUUUGGAACCAUGGCCUACCCAGAUCCUUGCAAGAACAUAUUUGCCAAAACCUUCAGUUACCUGCUGAAUGCCAUCCCGGAUUUUACAGACAAUAAUCUCAUUAACAUCAUAAAAUAUGGUGAAGAUUAUUACGCUUCAUCAGAGGUGAACUACAUCAAUCAGAUUGACCCAUUGACCCUUGACACUUUAGGAAGAACUAACUACAGAAACCACAUUGCCCUGAACCUGGCAACGGCACACCCGCACUAUGAUGAUGAUGGGAACACGUACAACAUGGGUACGGCCAUCAUUGGCUUCGGCAGGCCGAAAUGUGUUAUUUUCAGGGUGCCUGUUAAUGCUUCAGAAAAAGGGAUGAAAAAGCCAGCACUCAAACAGGUGGAACAAAUUUGUUCCAUUCCCUUCCGCUCCACCCUGUACCCUAGCUACUUCCACAGCUUCGGCCUGACGGAGAACUACAUCAUCUUUGUGGAGCAGGCCUUCAAACUGGAUAUACUGAAACUGGCCACAGCUUACUUCAGAAACAUCAACUGGGGCAGUUGCCUAAAAUUCGACAAAGAUGAUGUUACCGUAAUCCAUUUGGUGAAUAGAAAAACUGGGAAAGUGUUGAGCACAAAGUACUAUGCAGAUGUCUUUGUGGCCUUCCAUCACAUCAAUGCUUUCGAGGAGGACGGCCAUGUUGUCUUUGACUUGAUCACAUACAAGGACAGCAAUCUGUAUGAUAUGUUCUAUAUAAAAAACAUGCAGAAGGAUAUUGACAAGUUCAUAGAAACCAACAAAGAUUUUUCACCACCAUCAUGCCAGCGGUUUGUCCUUCCUAUCAACAUAGACGAGGAAACCCCGCCAGACACCAACUUGGUAAAAUUGCAAGACACAACAGCCACUGUAGUCCUGAGGCAGGACGGCUCGUUGUACUGCACACAUGACACUCUUUUUGAGGGUUUAGAAUUACCAAGCAUCAACUACAAAUACAACACUAAGAAGUACAGGUACUUCUAUGGAUCCCGGGUCGAGUGGUCACCAUUUCCAAACAAGCUGGCAAAAGUUGAUAUAGUCACCAGAAAACAUAUCGAGUGGGUGGAUGAAGAUGGUUACCCAUCAGAACCAGUGUUUGUUGCCUCUCCAAAUGCUGUUGAGGAAGAUGAUGGUGUUAUUCUUUCUUCGGUGAUUUCGCUUAACCCUCAAAAGCCACCUUUCCUUCUGGUCCUUGAUGCCAAGUCCUUUACAGAGAUCGCCCGGGCUUCAAUUAAUGCCUCGGUUCAUAUGGACCUGCAUGGAUUAUUCAUACGUGACACAUCCACCUAAUAUUAUGCUAAAAAUACACCACAGCCAGUUGAAAGCUGAGUUUUGUCUUGAGUUCCGAUAGAACAUC